AUGAUGAGCAACAUAAGCAUGGUGGAGGCCAAGCUGCCUCCUGGUUUUCGGUUUCAUCCAAGAGACGAGGAGCUGGUCUGUGAUUACUUGAUGAAGAAGAUAUCCAGCUCCUCCGACUCCUUCUUCUUCUUCAUCGAGGUCGAUCUCAACAAAUGCGAGCCUUGGGAUCUUCCUGGAAGCGCGUGCGUGGGAGGGAAGGAGUGGUACUUGUACAGCCAGAGGGACCGCAAGUACGCGACGGGGCUUCGAACCAACAGAGCCACCGCGUCGGGUUACUGGAAGGCGACGGGGAAGGACAGGCCAAUUGUGAGGACCAAAGCUGCAGCUACAGGCGGCGGCGGCGGCGGCCAGCAGCAGCUGGUUGGGAUGAGGAAGACGCUGGUUUUCUACCAGGGCCGAGCCCCUAAGGGCACCAAGACGGACUGGGUCAUGCACGAGUUCCGCGUCCAAGCCACCCUUUCUCCACCUAGAAGAAGUGCCGUCUCUCACAAGGAGGAUUGGGUGUUAUGCCGAGUGUUCUACAAGAACAGAGAUCAAGCAACAAACAUUGGUGCCAAAGGAAUGGCUACUAGGAACAACAUCAGCUACGACGACGAUGAUGACUAUGAUUAUCUCGACACUGAUAAUAACAACUCAUCCUCUCUUCCGCCAUUAAUAGACUCUUCUUACAACAUCAACUUUGACCAACAGCAACAAACUGCUCAUGAUGAGCAAGUGCCCUGCUUCUCCAUGUUCUCCUCCCAUAAUUACGCACCACCACCGCCUUCCAACUCCUUGUUCCCUCAGUUCUUCUAUAACCCUCUGGGAUCCACUGCAGAUCAUCCGCAGCAAGUAUUGUCUGUUGUCCCUCCUCCUCCGAUUUCGUUGGAGGAGGAAACAUUCAGUACUUGCGACAAGAAAGUCAUCAAGGCGGUGCUGACUCACCUCACCAAGGUGGAAAAUGCCAAUGAUAAUAUAACUAGUUACCCUUAUGUUGUUAAGGACUCAUCGUGCUUGAGUUUGGGCCAAGGGAGCUCAGUGGAGAGCUACCUCUCUCUCUCUGAUGUGGGUAUCCCUAACCUUUGGAAUCCAUAUUAA